UUCCGCCUUUGGCUUUCGCGCGCGGGCGGGCUCUGCGUCAUCUCCUCGUGUGUGCGCGAGAGGGGAGUUGGCCGCCGCCAGGCACGUUUGCUAACCGGGCCCUUCUGUGUGUCUCGUAGGUGCCUGCCCUGCCCGGCGCGAUGGCUCCCGUAGCAACAGAACUUAAACUUGGGAAAAAAAUUAAUGAAGGUAAAACAAAAGAAGUCUAUGAGUUGCCAGAGCUCGCAGGUUGUGUGCUGAUGCAAUCAAAAGACCAAAUAACAGCAGGGAAUGCAGCUAGAAAGGAUCAUAUGGAAGGAAAGGCAGCAAUCUCCAAUACAACUACUAGCUGUGUUUUUCAAUUGCUUCAUGAAUCUGGAAUCAAAACUGCUUUUGUCAGGAAACAUGGUGAUACAGCCUUCAUAGCAGCUCAGUGUGAAAUGAUUCCAAUUGAAUGGGUGUGUAGAAGAAUUGCUACUGGUUCUUUCCUGAAAAGAAACCCUGGUGUCAAGGAAGGAUAUAAAUUUUACCCACCCAAAAUUGAGAUGUUUUACAAGGAUGAUGCUGCAAAUGAUCCACAGUGGUCUGAGGAGCAACUAAUUGAAGCCAAGUUCUGCUUUGCUGGACUUACUAUUGGCCAAACUGAAGUAGAUAUUAUGGCCCACUCUACACAGGCUAUUUUUGAGAUACUGGAAAAAUCUUGGUUACCACAGAACUGCACUCUUGUAGACAUGAAGAUUGAGUUUGGUGUUAAUAUAACGACAAAAGAGAUUGUCCUUGCUGAUGUUAUUGAUAAUGAUUCUUGGAGACUGUGGCCAUCAGGAGACAGAAGCCAGCAGAAAGACAAACAGUCUUACCGUGAUCUAAAAGAAGUGACUCCUGAAGCACUGCAGAUGGUUAAAAGAAACUUUGAAUGGGUUGCAGAAAGAGUGGAGUUGCUUCUGAAAACAAAGAGCCACGGUAGAGUUGUGGUGUUGAUGGGAUCAUCCUCUGAUCUUGGCCACUGUGAAAAAAUAAAAAAGGCAUGUGCAAAUUUUGGAAUUCCUUGUGAGUUACGAGUAACAUCUGCUCACAAAGGACCAGAUGAAACUCUGAGGAUCAAGUCAGAGUAUGAAGGUGAUGGAAUCCCUACUGUGUUUGUGGCAGUAGCUGGCAGAAGCAAUGGCUUGGGACCAGUGCUGUCUGGUAACACUUCAUAUCCAGUUGUCAACUGUCCUCCUCUCUCAGCUGAUUGGGGUGCUCAGGAUGUAUGGUCUUCUCUUAGACUGCCCAGUGGUCUAGGCUGUCCUACUAUACUCUCACCCGAAGGAGCUGCACAGUUUGCUGCUCAGAUUUUUGGAUUAAGUAACCACUUGGUGUGGGCCAAGCUGCGUGCAAGCACAUUGAAUACGUGGAUCUCCUUGAAGCAGGCUGACAAAAAGCUUAGAGAAUGCACCUUAUAAAUAACUUGUUAAAAGGAAAGUAAUGCAUACAUUACAUUGGUCUCUCAAAAAAUAGAGGCAUGUGCAAACUGUCUUCAUGUGGAUCAGUUGGAAAUUUUAAACCCUUUGUUAUACAAGAGGUUAUGCCUUGUCAGUAUGGUAGAUGAUAGUAUUUACAAUUGGUUUCAUUUUGUCUUUUUAAAUAAAUGAAAGCAUACAGGAUAGUUA